AGAGAGUUAGAAUUCAAUCUUUAGUCGUGUGUUACCAAGAUGCUGGAUAUGCGGAAACUGUUGUUUUUUACGGCCGUGAUGGCCGUGUGUCAAGCAGUACCACCAGCCGAGGACUGCACUAUCGGAACUGUCGCCUUCGAGCCACAUGAAACUGAUUGCAACAAGUUCUACCAAUGCGAUACUACUGGAUGGAAGGAGAUGGCCUGUGGCCAGGGAUUGUACUUCAACCCGGCGACCAACGUCUGCGACUGGCCAUACAACGUGCAGUGCACAUCCACCUCCGACACUACGGACGCUUGUAGUUCGACUCCGUGUCAGAACGGAGGGUCAUGCGCGACGUCCGGCAGCAGCUACGCAUGUACGUGUCUGUCCGGCUACACCGGCACCAACUGCGAGGUCACCACAACGACUGCUACCUGUACGAAUGACGACAGGGAAGCAGUUAACGAUCUGAACUGUCAACUGUUCAGACGUUGUGUGAGCGGAGCGUGGGUGAAUUACACGUGCCCGGUCAAUACACGGUUUAACCCUCAGUGGAAAGACUGUUUCCCUCCGACUCAAUACCCCUGCCCAACAAUUCCAUGUGACGCCAACCCCUGUCAAAAUGGCGGAUCCUGCGUCAACUCCGGGACUAGCUACACAUGCACGUGCCCCAGCACAUACGAGGGCACCAACUGCGAGACAGCCGUUGCAUCCGAUGGACCAGGAGCGGCCUGCAGCAAUUCCGACCCGUACCAGGUCAACCCCAACGACUGCCAGAAAUUCUACGCCUGUGUCGACCAAUUCUUGAUUGAAUUUACCUGUCCUGUGGCAAUCCCAUCCUUCAACGAAGCGACGCGAUCGUGCGACUACGUCUACAACGUGCAAUGCGGCAAGCCCGCUUCUUGCACGAACGACACUCGUCUCCCUGGCAACGGAGUUGAAUGUGAUGAUUUCUACCGAUGUGUCAAUAUGGAAUGGAUCCAGUACAGAUGCCCUUCUGGGUACAGAUACAACGCCGCUAUCAACGACUGCUCCGCCAACGUCGACUGUCCAACAGCAACCACAAACGACCAGCCUUGCGAUUCAAGUCCAUGUUUGAACAACGGCGUCUGUAGCAACAUUGGCGGCAGCUUCAGCUGUCAGUGCCCCACGGGUUACGGCGGAGAAACCUGCGAAAUUGCUCCACGUAAGCUCCCAUAA